AUGGCCUGUUGCAUUGGCACGAGACUGGUUCACUCAGUAUACGCCGCCUUAGACUUGCCUCAUUUGAAAAUUACUGCAUGGAGUGAUUCUAUGGUAGCACUCUGGUGGAUUAAGAACCGUCGUGAUUGGCCAGUUUUCGUUACGAAUAGGGUAAAAGAAAUAAACAGUCUGAUUCCUUCUCAGUGUUGGCGCCAUGUACCAGGUUAUUUAAACCCGGCAGAUACGCUUUCAAGAGGCUGGUGGGAGAGGUUAGUUCGUGUAGUAAAGGAACUGUUGAGAAGGACAUUCGGUAACGCGGUUCUUACAACCGAGGAGUUGUACAUAGUAUUGUGCGACUGUGAGUCAAUAAUUAACUCUAGACCUCUUACCUAUCUGUCCAAAAAUUUGGAUGAUCUAAUCCCACUUUCCCCAGCCAUGUUUCUCAUCGAGAAUCGUAGCUUAGGUGUUCCUGAUGUGGAUUUCUGCGAUUCGAAAUGUCUUCGAAAAAGGGCUAUACAUCGCCAAAAACUGCUUAAUGAUUUGAGGCAUAGAUUUAGGAAAGAAUAUUUAGGCGUUCUGGUCCAAAAUAAGAAGGAUCCAUUGUCAGAGCUACGGUUGGGUGAAAUUGUCCAAAUAGGAGAUGACAUCCAAAAACGGAUGCAUUGGCCUUUAGCUAAGGUCAUUCGACUAAUUCCUGGAAAAGAUGGCAAGAUGAGAACUGUAGAACUAAAGACUCAAGCUGGUAUCCUGCUUCGUCCCAUUCAGCGAGUCUUUCCAUUGGAAGUGCAGUUAACGGACACGCCCACUGAUCCCAUACACGAUAACUCCUUUACUAAUCCUAUUUCUUCUAUUUCUAGUGAUGAGCAUUCAGAUUCUAAUGACUCUUCAAAGGACUCUAGUAACAUCCUGCAAGGUGCUAAAGUGUCAAGAUUUGGACUUGUGAUCAAGGUGCCUCAGAGAUUAGAUCGAUUAGAUCUCUUCGACCAGGUACUGUAUGUCUUUAAGGCAACCUGA